AUGGGGAAACCAAUUAUUGCCAUCGCCGGGCUCGGAUGUGAAAAUUCCACCUUCACGCCGUCUCGCACAAAAGUCCCUGCUUUCCACCCGAAACGAGGCGACGAGAUCUUCGACUUCAAGCAUAACCAGUUUCUCAAGAAAGGCACGAAAUUGGGAGAUGCGGCCGAAUGGAUCGGAACGCUCACUGGCCACGCGAUGCCAGGUGGAAGAGUAACGACUGAGGCAUUCGAAGAAUUAGCCGGAGAGAUUGUAUCCAGAUUAGCCGAUAUCACCAAGUCUUCAAAGCUUGACGGAUUGUGGUACGACAUCCACGGAGCAAUGUUCGUCGACGGCCUCGAAGACGCCGAGGCCGAAUUGCUACGACGAAUUCGAGCUGUCAUCGGACCUGAUGUCGUGGUAUCGGCCUCAAUGGAUCUGCACGGGAACGUGUCACGAGAGCUGGCUCAUCAGACCGAUCUUAUCACUUGCUAUCGGACAGCGCCACAUGUAGAUGUGCUGGAGACUAGGCAGCGCGCAUGUCGGAAUCUCGUUAACGUUUUGGGUCAAUCCUCUGGCGGACAGAAGCCAACUCUACCGAUCAAAGCGUGGAUACCUUUGCCUAUACUCUUGCCUGGCGAGCAAACGUCGACUCGAGAUGAGCCAGCAAGUCACAUCUAUGCGGCUGUACCUGAAGUGGAAGCUAUGGACGGUCUAAUUGACUCUGCGAUAUGGGUCGGCUAUGCGUGGGGAGAUGAGCGCCGAAAUCGUGCCAUUGUCAUGGCCACUGGCACAAACGAGGCUGCUGUCUGUCAAGGCGCCGAAAAGCUUGCUGAAUUGUUUUGGGAGUCUCAUGCCGACUUCAAGUUUGUCGCUCCUACAGGCACAUUCGAUGAAUGCUUUGAUGCUGCUGUGGCAUCCAAAGCUAGACCCUACUACAUCUCGGACUCAGGCGACAAUCCAACAGCUGGAGGUUCUGGAGAUGUUACUUGGAUUUUGAGUCAGAUCUUGAACCGAGAAGAGGUCAGGAAGGGUCUUGAUGGUCCACGUAUCAUCUAUGCCAGCAUACCGGGCCCUGAAGCCGUCCAGAUUGCAACCGAGGCAGGUGUUGGCGCUCAAGUCUCUGUCAUUGCGGGUGCAGAGGUUGACAAUCUGCAUUCUGGGCCUAUCAAGCUGACUGGGCGUGUCCAUGCUAUUCGCCAUGGAGACAUUCACGCAGUUACGGAAGUAGUUCUCCAAGUCGGCAAUGUCUUCGUGAUACUCACCAAAUUGCGUAAGCCGUAUCAUCUGGAGCGGGACUUCAAGCAGCUGAAUCUGGACGCAAGAAAUGGUGCCGACAUCGUCGUUGUCAAAAUCGGAUAUCUUGAGCCGGAGCUAUUCGACAUGGCGAAUGACUGGAUGCUCGCUCUCACGCCAGGUGGAGUUGAUCAAGAUCUUGAGCGACUCGGACAUCACUUGAUCCGUCGACCGAUAUGGCCCUUCGACAAGCAUUUUGAAACUCCUCCAAACUUGAAGGCAAGGAUCAUUGCUCCAUCCCACGAACCGCUCACCGGACCAGACGAAUGA